UCGACUUUUGAAUUCUUCUACGCGCUUAUAUUUUAUCCCAUCAGGCUACAUAAAUAUGUUCAUAAAUCAUAUACAUGCAGAUCACAUUUAAGUAGAUUCUGCAACUAUCUUUUAAUUCUAGUUAUGGAAAUACAAAAAUAUAUGAGUUCACUUCUACUUGUAUAUGCUAUAAGCUUAACAUUUAGUUGCGGUAGCAUAGACGGAGGCCACCAGAACGGAAGCUGCAUUCACAGCGAGAAACAAGCUUUGCUGCUUCUCAGAAAAAGCCUUCUUGUUAGAAACAACGACUCUUGGUUGUCACCGUGGGAUGGAGAUGAUUGUUGUUCAUGGUCCGGAGUUUAUUGCAACAACAUAACAGGCCAGGUCAUCAAACUUGAUCUCCAAAAUUGUUGUGAUAAAGGUUCGAUUUCCCAAUCCAUCGGGAACUUGACUGCUCUUACUCAAGUAUAUCUAUCCGAUAAUUCCAUUGAAGGCAUUAUACCAGAAUCCAUAGGAGCUCUAAAAUCUCUUACUUAUCUUGAUCUUUCUUUCAAUAAUCACGGGGGUUUCAUUCCUCAAUCUAUCGGAAAUUUGACAUCCCUAAUUAUUCUUGACCUAUAUAAUAACCAAAUUAGAGGUUUGAUCCCGGAAUCUAUAGGGGCUUUGACAUCUCUCACUAGACUUGAUCUUUCUCUAAAUUAUUUACAUGGUCUGAUUCCUCCGUCUAUUGGCAACUUGAUAUCACUUUUUGACCUUUAUCUUAAAUACAACAGAUUUAGUGGUUCAAUUCCGGCUGAGAUUGGCAAUCUUACCAAACUUUCAGACCUCACUGUGAGUGGGAAUCGGUUUAGUGGUUCUCUACCAGAAUCACUUUGUCAACUAAACAAUUUAAGUGCACUGUUGGUUGAUGAUAAUCAGCUGGGAGGAAGCAUUCCUAAAUGCAUCGGAAAACUAUCAAAUCUAGUAAUCAUGGAUCUGGCUUCCAAUUCAUGGGACGGUAUUAUAUCUGAGCAUCACUUUGUCAACCUCACCAACCUUUAUUCCUUUCGAAUUUCUUCAAAAUCUAACUUAAUGGUUAAUAUCAGUUCUAGAUGGGUUCCUCCAUUUCAGCAGCUUAAUGAUAUAUACAUGGACUCCAUAAAAGUGCCCAAAUUUCCCAAAUGGCUUAUAACACAGAGAUCACUUGCUGACAUCAGGAUGAGAAACACGAGCAUAUCAGAUACCAUAUUAGCAAUUCCAAAUAGUGUGAGAUAUUUAGACCUCUCAAAUAACCACAUGUUUGGUAAUAUCCCUGCUCUUUUAUGCAAUCUAACGUCCUUGAGUACUAUGCUCCUCUCUGAUAAUAAAUUUUCAGGAGCGCUACCCCCGUGCCUAGGAAAUUUGACAGACUUGAAUGACUUUUCUGUUAUGAAUAACAACCUCGGUGGGGAUAUUCCGAUUUCUUUAGGUUUUCUAAGGUUUCUUUGGUAUUUAAACUUGCACAAUAAUAAUUUUCAAGGCAAACUUCCACUGUCCUUCCAAAAUUUGUCAUCUAUAAUCGGACUUGAUGUGGGAAAGAACAAUUUAAGCGAUAUUCUUCCUGGUUGGACUUCGAAGUUGCUGGAUCUCAGGUAUUUGAUACUACGGUCCAACAAUUUUUACGGUAAAAUUCCCACCGAUAUAUGUCAUCCAUCAAUUCAAGUUCUAAACCUGGCAAAAAAUGACAUAACGGGAAACAUACCUCCUUGCUUCGGCAAUUUUACUGCCAUAAUUACAAGUUAUAACAGCGGAAAAGAAGAAGGUCCAAUAUACGGGGGACUGAGUUAUGAAGAUAUAAUCAUUGAUGAUCCAAAAGGAUAUGAACUAACAUAUUCCUCUACACUUGAUUUUCUUUAUUCCAUUGAUUUAUCAAAUAACAAUAUCAGUGGGGAGAUUCCAAAGGAGUUGAUGAACCUCCAUGGUUUGUUGAGUUUAAACAUAGCUGGUAACCGUCUAUCCGGAAGGAUCCCUGACACGAUUGGGAAAUUGGAUAAACUGGAAUUUCUUGAUCUGUCCAGAAAUGAACUUGCUGGUCAUAUUCCACAGAGUCUGUCAAAUCUGAGCUUUUUAAGCCAUUUAAACCUCUCCUUUAAUGAUUUUUCGGGGAGAAUACCAACGGGAAACCAACUCAGAACCCUAGACGAUCCCUCCAUUUAUGUUGGAAACAAUCAGCUCUGUGGUCCACCCAUCCUAAAGCCCUGUCCUGGUGACACCGAUUCACAUGAUUUUCACAACAACAAUGAAGUUGAAUUUUAUUCGGAUGACGAGCACGUGUGGUUUUAUGCAGGGAUAGGACCUGGUCUCUUGGUCGGCUUUCUGGGAUUCUGUGCUUCUCUGCAUUUCAUUCCAACAUGGAGGUACUUCUACUUUCACUCUGUUGAAAGAUUCUCUGACAAGAUAGCGCUUUCCAUUGCUUUGUGGCGGAGAAGGUUCCAGAACUAAUAGUGGAUUCAGGUUCUUCAUCAAGCAUAAGCUGUAGCCUUGGACAAAAAGAUGUUGGAAUUUCUUGCAUCAUGACUCCAUCUUUAGCAAUAUAUAUCCAGUUAUAUUAUACAUAAUUUACGUAAAAUAUACAUACUUCCAAGUUCCUAUGUUCUGUUUCUGCUUCUUGUAUUCUCUUCUGCACCUUGUUAUUAUACGUUGUUAUUGCUAGUCAUUUUAACAAUAAUACUGCUGAAUUUUAUCUUGGUAAAGAAUGGCAUUAACGCAAAU